AUGGGAUGGAACCAGGAGAUGGCAAUGUCCCCAGGAGACAAAGAUCCUUCCUCGGGGGCGGCAGGCAGCAGUAGUGAACCUUCCAGUCCUUCGAUCAGCUGGCGAACAACGUCAAUCAAUGAGUCGUUGAUCUCGCCUAGCAGCUUCCUCCGUUCGAAACUGGUCGAGAACAUCACCCUGAAGAGGAUGGGUAGCGAAAGCCCCGAUCAGGACGGCUCCACGGGUGCCGCCAGUUUUUCUCUGUUCGGUCGGAGCACGGAGAGCAUGUUCGGAUCGGUCAGUCGCCUUUCUUUGAAAAAAAUUCCAGAAACCGACGCAAACGGAACCUCGAAAAGAAGGCCAGUAAGGAGCAGCACUUUUAUGGACACUACCGAAUUCUCUAAAAACUCUUCUAAGAGCGGGCCAGAUGCACUAAAAUUACCCGAUAGGGCCAAGAAGAGAAAAAACACCGUAACAGGAGCGCCCGAAUGCUCUUCACGAAAGAUGAGCGCGCUCAGCGUCGGCAAGUUUUUGCCAAGUCCCGCACUUAGAAGGGACAGCGUCUCUCGGUUUGUCAGCACUCUGUCAAUUGUGAGUAGUGUAUCGAUCGACAAGUCCUACUUAGCUGAGCGGGUUUCGCUCCGUAGGAAAAGUAGCGUUCAAAGUCAGCGGAAACAAUCAGGUAUCUCCGUUGAUGUAAGGCCUGAUAUUCGUCAAGAAUUGCAACUUCCGAUCGAAAUGAAAAAGCCUCAAUAUUCAGCUCGGAAGAAAGGUGCCGUACUGUUUUGUUGUAUAUUGAUGCAAAUGUGCGUCUCAGAGAUCUUCUCAUUGGGCCCAGUCUAUUCGGAACUUUUGAACGUCUUCAAAACAAGCAAGUCAGAGACCAGCCUUGUACAGUCACUGCCUCAAGGAAUUACUUAUGGUUGCGGUAAGUAG